UCCUGACCGAAGCACAGUUGGCAGCACUGCGCAUGUCCAAUCGAUUUUAUUAACAAAUGUCAUGUAGUGUUUGUUUCUGCAAGGAAAAUCGUAAAUAAAGACAAUAAGUUUUAGGAAAACAAAUAGCAAAAAUGUCGUCAGUCAAAGUAGCAGUUCGUGUCCGGCCGUUCAACAACCGCGAAAUUUCUCGCGAAUGCAAAUGCAUAAUAAAAAUGGGUGGAAACACAACUACAAUCGCAAACCCGAAAGCAGACCCAAAAGAAGCCCUCAAGAGCUUUAAUUUCGACUAUUCCUAUUGGUCCCACGAUGAAACCGAUCCGGAGUUCUCCUCCCAAUUGGUGGUGUACAAAGACAUCGGGGAGGAGAUGCUCCAGCACUCCUUCGACGGCUACAACGUGUGCAUUUUCGCUUACGGCCAAACCGGCGCCGGAAAAUCCUACACCAUGAUGGGGAAACAGGAGGAGGGCCAAGAGGGCAUCAUCCCCCAAAUCUGCAAGGACCUCUUCAACCGGAUCCGCACCAAUGACAACCCCGACAUGAAAUACUCGGUCGAGGUCAGUUACAUGGAGAUCUACUGCGAGCGAGUGCGCGACUUGCUCAACCCCAAGAACAAGGGGAAUCUACGAGUGCGCGAACACCCCCUUUUGGGGCCCUAUGUGGAGGAUUUGAGCAAAUUGGCCGUGACGAGUUACGAGGAUAUCCACGAUUUGAUCGAUGAGGGCAACAAGGCCAGAACUGUGGCUGCCACCAAUAUGAAUGAGACCAGUUCGAGGUCACAUGCAGUGUUUACGAUUUUUUUCACACAACAAAGGUACGACCAAACGACGACCUUGUGCACGGAGAAGGUGUCCAAAAUAUCGCUGGUGGAUCUGGCGGGGUCGGAGAGGGCAGACUCCACGGGGGCCAAAGGUACGAGACUCAAGGAGGGUGCCAACAUCAACAAGAGUCUCACGACAUUAGGAAAAGUCAUCUCGGCCCUAGCCGAAAUUUCGGCGUCCAAGAACAAGAAAUCGAAAAAGGCCGAUUUUAUCCCCUACCGAGACUCGGUCCUCACUUGGUUGCUCCGGGAGAACCUCGGGGGUAACAGCAAGACCGCCAUGAUCGCCGCCAUAUCCCCCGCCGAUAUCAACUACGACGAGACUCUCUCCACUCUCAGAUACGCAGAUAGAGCCAAGCAGAUCGUGUGCAAGGCGGUGGUCAACGAGGACGCCAACGCGAAACUCAUCCGAGAGCUCAAAGAGGAGAUCCAGAAGCUUCGCGAGUUGCUCAAAGCCGAAGGCAUCGACGUGCACGAGGGGCCGGAUGGUAAAGUUAUUUAUGAGAAAAGGGAGCCCCCUAGAGCAGAAGAUAACAUCAUCGCUCGCAACAAUAAAGAAAACGAAAGAUCGAGAACAACAUCGACGACAAUAGCCGAAGAAGCCGUCGAUCAAUUACAAGCCAGUGAGAAACUCAUCGCCGAGUUGAAUGAAACGUGGGAGGAGAAAUUGAAACGCACUGAAGCGAUAAGAAUCCAACGCGAGGCUGUUUUCGCCGAAAUGGGGGUGGCUGUGAAGGAGGACGGGAUCACCGUUGGGGUAUUCUCCCCGAAAUGUACCCCCCAUUUGGUGAAUUUAAACGAGGAUCCAUUCAUGUCCGAAUGCUUGAUUUACUACACCAAGGAUGGGAUUACACGCGUGGGGUCAGCUGAGGCGAAUAUACCCCAAGAUAUCCAACUAGUGGGGUCGCAUAUUAAAUCAGAGCAUUGCAUUUUUGAGAAUAAAGAUGGGAAAGUGAUACUGAUUCCGUCAAAUGGGGCACUAAUUUACGUCAAUGGACGAGAGAUCACCGAACCAGUGGUCCUCAAAACCGGCUCUCGCGUGAUUUUGGGUAAAAACCACGUUUUUCGUUUCACGCAUCCGGACGAGGCGCGUGAAAUGCGUGAAAAGAACACAACUCCAUUGGAGACCGUCGAUUGGAAUUAUGCACAAAUUGAACUAUUGGAAAAACAAGGUGUUGAUUUGAAAGCCGAGAUGGAAAAACGUCUUCUAACACUUGAAGAACAAUAUCGUAAAGAGAAAGAAACUGCUGAUCAACUUUUUGAAGAACAACGAAAGAAUUACGAAGCACGAAUUGAUGCACUACAGAAACAAGUUGAAGAACAGAGUAUGACAAUGUCAAUGUAUAGUUCUUAUACACCAGAAGAUUUCAAUAAUGAAGAUGAUAUUUUCGAUGGGGGCGCUUUUGCAGUGAACCCUCUGUUUGACGCAGAGUGCAAUUGGAACGAGAAGGAGUACGAGUUGGCGGCGAAUGCUUGGAGGAAGUGGAAACAUCAUCAAUUCACCUCCUUGAGGGACGAUCUGUGGGGCAACGCCAUCUUUCUCAAAGAGGCCAAUGCCAUCUCGGUCGAACUCAAAAAGAAAGUCCAGUUCCAAUUUACCCUGCUCACUGACACCCUUUACUCGCCCCUUCCGGCCGAUUUGCGCCCCACAAUCGACUACGACCAAGACGAGGACGCAUCAGUACCAAAAACAAUCGUCGCUGUUGAAGUUCAAGACACCAAAAAUGGGGCUACUCAUUACUGGUCAUUGGAUAAACUCCGUCAAAGACUGGAAUUGAUGCGUCUGGUUUAUAACGAGGAAGUUGUGGAAUUGGCAAGUCCUGAAAUUGGUAUUGAAACAACGACAGCCCCCUUGUUGAGAUGUCUCACGCAAUGUCCACCAUCACCGUCACGCUUCUCACUUACCAGUCUCAUACCGUCGAGACAACGACUGGAACUCAUGCGAGAAAUGUAUCACAACGAGGCCGAAAUGUCACCGACUUCGCCCGAUUAUAACGUGGAAUCCCUCACCGGGGGAGACCCCUUCUACGAUCGUUUCCCCUGGUUUCGCAUGGUCGGUCGUGGGUUUGUCUACUUGAGUAAUCUCUUAUAUCCCGUGACAUUGAUUCAUAAAGUUGCGAUUGUGAGUGAAAAAGGGGAUGUUAGAGGAUAUUUGAGAGUGGCCGUUCAAGCUGUCAUGGAUGAGGAUAAUUCAGAUCAAGUUGGUGUGAGACAAAGUGCAAGAAUUGCAUUUGAAACACCCAAAGCCGUUAUUGAACAUAAAAAUAUUCACAACAUUGAUGAUCGUAUUAUCGAAGGUCAGAGCGCUAUUGAUCCGAUUAAAAUCGAUGAUCUUAUAGAGUGUGAUGCAGAUUCGGGACGUGGAGACAGUUCAGUAUCAUCAGAUUUGAAAGAAGAUGAAAUUCCUGAUCAUUUAUCAAUUGGGAAGGAAUUCACUUUUAGGGUUACGGUCCUACAAGCUGUGGGAAUCUCCACUGAAUAUGCCGAUAUUUUCUGCCAGUUUAAUUUUUUGCACCGACACGAUGAGGCUUUUUCAACGGAACCGGUGAAAAAUUCCGGUAAAGGGACCCCUCUCGGUUUUUACCACGUACAAAAUAUCACAGUUUCAACAACUAAAUCCUUUAUUGAUUAUAUUAAAACUCAACCGAUUGUGUUUGAAGUUUUCGGUCACUACCAACAACAUCCUCUUCACAAAGACGCCAAAUUGGAGGGUAAUGUCCGACAGCCCCCUCGUCGUAUGCUCCCCCCCUCCAUACCGAUCUCACAACCGGUCAGAUCGAGCAAAUUCGGGGCUUUGCCCUCCCCUUGUACCGCUCAUAUUCAUGCCAAAGUGGACGUUUUAGUAUGGUUUGAAAUUUGUGAAUUGGCACCAAGUGGCGAGUACGUUCCUGUUGUGGUUGAACAUAGUGAUGAUUUGCCUUGUCGUGGAUUAUUUUUGUUGCAUCAAGGAAUCCAGAGACGGAUUAGGAUUACAAUUGUUCAUGAUCAAGCCGCUGAGAUUAAAUGGAGAGAUGUGAGAGAGUUGGUAGUGGGAAGGAUUAGGAAUAGUCCAGAGUCGGAUGAGGAUGAGGAUAAUGAUAAUUCCGUAUUGUCAUUGGGAUUGUUUCCAGGGGAGUAUUUGGAGGUGCCGGGGGAUGAUAGAGUGAUGUUUAGGUUUGAGGCGGCGUGGGAUAGCUCAUUGCAUAAUUCACCAUUGUUGAAUAGGGUCACGGCCUGUGGGGAGCAAAUCUUCAUGACCAUUUCUGCAUAUUUAGAGUUGGAAAAUUGUGGCCGCCCCGCCAUUAUAACAAAAGACUUAAGUAUGGUGAUAUAUGGAAGAGAUGCACGAACUGGUCCACGAUCUCUCAAACAUCUCUUUUCCGGAAAUUAUCGUAACGCCGAAGCUAAUCGAUUGUCGGGAGUCUACGAAUUGCUAUUGCGACGUGCUAGUGAAGCAGGUAGUCCAGGUGUGCAAAGACGGCAACGUCGCGUCUUAGACACCAGUUCCACUUACGUACGUGGCGAAGAGAAUCUCCACGGUUGGCGUCCUCGUGGCGAUUCGUUAAUCUUCGACCACCAAUGGGAGCUCGAGAAAUUGACCCGACUUGAAGAAGUAGAACGUGUACGACACACUCUCCUCUUACGCGAACGUCUCGGUCUUGAUCGUUCAACCAAUCACAACAAAUAUCAUUUAGAUUAUACGAAAAGUGAGAAAGAAGUAUGCAACAUGGUUGCUAAGAAUAACAAUCUUAAUGCAACUGUUGAUUAUUACGAAUAUAACGAUCGCGAGAUGCAGCUUUUGAUGAAAUGUGUUAGAUUGAUUCAGGGGCGAGGGAGAGAAAAUGUGUCGGGGAUGAAGGAGAAGGAGGUUUCAAGUCCUGAAGAAAUGACCGAAAUGAGUACUAGUAUGUUGUCGAGUAUGGGUUCGAUAGAGUUGUGUUCACCGGAAAGGGCAGCUCUUCCGGGUGAAUGUGCUCCAUUCCCACCCGUUCCUGUCUCUCCUCCGGGUCCCAGAGACCCGGAAUUGGUACUAUACGUACCCGAUAUGGAAGAGAUUAGGAUUUCACCUGUGGUGGCAAGAAAAGGAUAUUUGAAUGUAUUAGAGCACAAAACCCAUGGUUGGAAGAAACGAUGGGUGGCCGUUCGGCGACCAUACGUUUUUAUCUUUCGUGAUGAGAAAGAUCCCGUAGAAAGGGCCCUUAUUAAUCUAGCAACAGCCCAAGUGGAGUAUUCCGAAGACCAAUUAGCUAUGGUUCGACUCCCAAAUACCUUUAGUGUGGUAAGCAAACAUCGUGGUUAUCUACUUCAAACUCUACAUGAGAAGGAAGUACAUGAUUGGUUGUAUGCUAUUAAUCCACUAUUGGCUGGUCAAAUACGAUCAAAGUCGGCUAGACGCAACCCAAUUCGUCAAGAAAAUUCCGAAACUAGUGUAGCAUGCAAAUGAGAUUUAAUCGUUAUGGAAUCCGUUUUGGUUUAUUAGUUUUUUGGUUGUGAUUCCAUAAAAGGGGAUUUGGUUCCAGUCCAGGUGCUAUUGAAUUACAUUAUAAAUAGAGCAAAAAAAAUUAAUUCUGCUCUCUAAAAAUGUGUUUUUCGUAGCAUCUGGGCUGUUUUUCUAGUCGAGUGUAAGGAUUGUGUGCAAUAAGCGAAUUUGAAUGCUUAUUUUCGUUUUGAUUGAUCUCAAUGUUUCUAAGAUGAUGUUAAAAUAGUAUUAAAGCUUCUUCUAGUAUAACAAAUAUUUAAUACAUGUAACAUCAUAUUCAGCCGUUUUAAUGUUAAGGCCUCGGUAAAAUGAGUGUAAAGAAACCAAAUUUUGACACCUUUUCGUUUGAUUUUCGGGCACAGUGAUGUACAGGGUGUUUAUUGUUCAAUCGAUGGAAGAGCUCACUUUUUGAUUAUUUUUCGAACUUCCACUUUAACCCUGUUGUUAUUUUUGUACUAGUAGAUUUACACGAAUUGUUUUUAUUGUAUAUACCUACCAAAGUUAGCACAAUAGAUUUCACGCUGAAACCGCUAUUGUUUCAAAACUGGCAUUUGUAAGCCUAGACUUACAUUCAUGACCAUGUCUUGACUGAUUUUAGUUAUUUGAUUUGGUUGUUGUAGGUGCUUGUUAAACUCAUCAUAAUUUUAUUUUUAUAGCUAGUUCCCCUAUAGACACAGUGCUACGCUUAUCUAAGCUAUAAAUGUAAAAAAGAAGUACUAUUUAAUGAAAAUUUGUAGGUACAAUGUAGGAAAAUUUACAUUGAUUUCUGUUUUUUGUUUCACUUUAUUUUCUGAUGCUGCCUUGCCAUUUAUAAUAUUAAUUGAACGAUUAUUAUUAUUGUAUAAUUGUGUAAGCAUUAUAUGAAGUAAAUAAAACCAAACAAUUGCUCUUUUAUUUUACUAAUCACUCAGAUAAUUACAUUUCAAUCAACUGAAAAUUGUUAUUGCUUUUUAAUUA